ACCGCACGCCUACCCGGCAUAAAACGGUUUGAGGGCGGAGCUAAUUCGUCAGUUCUGACAAGACUCAUGUACUGCCAGUACAGUCUCAGCACCGUGACGGAAUAACAGGCUGUGGGGGAACUUGUUCUGUGUGGACAGACAAAUGCAGACUUCUCUGAUGGAUGUGAUAUUUACUGUGGUUGUCGCCCUUUUAGUGCUCCAGAUCGGUGAGGUCAGCACUGGUGUUGGAAACUGGAACUACGACAAAAGUAGCACUGGGGGCCCUGGGAACUGGAGCUUCUAUUACCCCGAUUGUGGGGGUGUGAGACAGUCCCCCAUCAACAUUCUGACGGAGGAGGUUCUCUACGACCCACUGCUGCCUCGUUUUGAUCUGUCGGAUUAUAAGAUCGCGGAUGGGGUGCAUAUGGAGCUGGUUAACAAGGGAGGUCAUACAGUGGAAGUAGAGUACACAGGACAAAUGAUAUACAUCAAAGAUGGCGGACUGCCUACGUUAUACAAGCUUGACCAGUUCCACUUUCACUGGGGUGCUGUUGACGCCAGGGGGUCGGAACAUAGCCUCGACGACAACUUUUUCCCCAUGGAGAUGCAUAUAGUUCAUCGCCAGAACAGUUCCAACACUUAUGAAAAUGCAGCAUCCCACCCAUCAGGUUUAGCUGUAAUUGGAUUCUUCUUUAAGGUUGUAGAAGAAGAUAACGAGAAGUUGAACAGACAUCUUUUACAAUAUUUUUCCAAGAUUGCUGAUGCUGAUCAGGUGGCUCAUAUUCCGACCUUCGCCUUGUCUGAGAUCCUCCCCGACAUAAACAAACUGGACUACUACCGUUACGACGGCAGUCUAACCACGCCCCCUUGUUACGAGUCGGUCAUCUGGUCAGUGGCCACAGAGUUUAUUCCCAUCUCAGAAAAUCAGUUAAACAUGUUCCGGAACCUCUACGACAUCGAACACCACCAUCUUGUGGACGACUUCCGGCCGCUGCAGAAGGUCAAUCAUCGGAGGGUCUACACCACAAAGAAGGGGACACAAACCUCAAACAACCUGGGGGUGGGGGUCACAGCCAUGCUGGGGUGGGUCACAACAAGCCAGAUAAUUUUACUCGUGCACCUGCUAGUUCAGUUUUAGGAAAAAGCAUUUUAAAUGGUUGUAUGCUUUAAUUAAUGUUUUAUUAAACUAAUAAACGGUUCAAAAUGUUAAUUAAUUAUAAAAUUUUGAUUUAAAGUAAGAAAAACUUAACCAAUGGCUGGAUUAUCUUAAAUGAUAAUUUAAUUUAGUAAUUUACGGCUAGAAUAUUAGAAAUUCUAUAAAUAGAAAAUAUAUUAAUGAUUUGAAACUCCUAAAUUUUUAAUCUUAAAUCUUAAUCAAUACCAUCAUAUUUUAAUUAAUGGCUAGAUUAUUACUGGUGUAGACUGAGAUUUAAUAAAAUUUACAUUAUUUAUAAAAGUGAUUUUCCCAGUCAGUGCCAAAAGAGGUUUACAUUGUACUUGUGUUAGUGUUAGAGAUUAACAUAAGAAUUUAAGGCUUGUAAUCGCUAUUUAUUUGACAAGACAAACUGGUACUGUAGUGACAGAUAUCGUCUAGCCACGAUCCAGGCACCUCAGUAUUAGUUAGAAUUUUUCAUAAACGCUAUAACGAAGGUAAUUUUUUUUAAUACUGGUGGGGAGGGGGGCAGCGCUACGGUUAGGCUCAAGACAAGUCUCAUGUUUGGAUUAGUUAUUGUUAUCGUUCAAUUGAAGUGUUAGGAGUGUCACGUCUUGUUUUUGACGAGGCAGGAGAGUACCUAUAAUUAAUUAAUUUUUGAUUACGUCAAUGUGUGUUCAUUAAGUCUAAUUAUAAAUGUCCAUCUGAGUAAGUUAAUUAUGCUGAGCUAGUAUGUGUGAAAGAGCUAGACUAAGCAAGACUCAUAUACUCAUUAUAUAUAUAUAUAUAUAUAUAUAUAUAUAUAUAUAUAUAUAUAUAUAUAUAUAUAUAUAUAUAUAUAUAUAUAUAUAUAUAUAUAUAUUCUUAUACAUUUUAACUACACAGAUUUAUACGUAUUAUGUCAUAUUUCUAGCCGCGCUUUUUGUAUAUAUAUAUGUGCAAUUUUUAAGUAGUCAGCAAUAUUUUGAUAUAGCCUUGUAAAUUUAAUGUCAUUUUUUCAAAUGUAUAGAACAGUGUUUACUUGAAUACUAGUUGUCAAUCCAACAUGUAUAAUAAUGGGUGGACAGUCGACGUAUUCACGGAUUCUCUCCCCUCGUAUAACUGGUAUAUAGCUGUUGUGUGUGGGAGGCAAUCUGCCUCUAGCACAGGUGCUUUCCCCUAGAUUAGAAUUGAAAGUAAAACAGCCAUUGCCACGUCUGUCUAACUGUAGUUAGUUGUAUAGUUAUAUUCGAAUCAUUAUUAAAUGUCAAAAUACGAAAAAAAAAAUUCCCGUUCACUUAAUAUUACCCACACAGCCAUAGAAAUUGAUAGGAUAGAUUGAAUAGAAAACAAUAAUUUGUAUUGAUGUAGCACAAAAAAUAUCUUUAUAGGCCUAUGUACUAAUACCUCAAAAUUUGUUUUUUAAGACAAGUUUAAUUUUUAAAUUAUAAUUUACUGUACAUUGUAUUAUAGAUUAUUUCUAAUAUGUUAGCGAUUAUGUAAUGAAUUUG